CUGCACGAGAUCAGAAUUCAGAAUUUCAGAUCAAGCUGAAAAUUUCUCAACUGUAAACAGUGACAAAAGCUCUGAAAAAGGAAAUAAAGGAUAAAAUUAAACCCCAGCUGUUUUGACUUUCCAGGGCUUUGAUCUGGAAAUUGUUACAGAGACAAAGAGGACGACGAUCGCAUUUGACGGAGGAAACCCUAACCUUAAUUUUCUGUUUUUAAUCUGAAGAUGAGUGAAGAAGGGAAGAGUAGAGGAUACGUUGGCGAUCAGGAGCAGCAGCAGCACUAUGGGACGUUUCAAGGAGUUCCGAGCUAUUCACAGCCGGCCAUGGGAUUUCCACAGCCGGUUCCACCGCCGGGUGCGACUUCCCCUUCUGAUCCUGCUUUUUACGCUCAUGGCUAUCAAGCCAUUCCAGCUUAUGCAAUAGCUGAAGGAAGACCUGUAAGAGAGCGCCGCCUUCCUUGCUGUGGCAUCGGUGUUGGCUGGUUUUUGUUUAUCAUUGGUUUCUUUCUAGCGGCCAUUCCUUGGUAUGUUGGAGCUUUUGUUUUACUUUGUGUCAGAAGAAUGGAUUAUAGAGAGAAACCUGGGUAUAUUGCAUGCACAAUUGCUGCCAUUCUUGUUACAAUUGCAGCUAUUAUCGGUGCAACAAAGGGGACUCAUACCUGGUGAUGCACCAAUGACAUUUGUAAAGACUGAAAAUAGAUGUAUAUUUGAGUAUUCUUAUUUGUUUAAAUAUGAUAUUGUGUGGGUUUAGGUUUGCGUGGAAAUUGUCUUUGUGUAAGCUUGUAAAAGUGACUGAAGUUCCUGGAUGUUCAAAUGGACCUUGAAAUUGCUUGUGUUUAUGAACACUUCCAUGCACACUUUUAUUCA